AUGUCUCCCAAAUCAAUAAAAAUGCUAUCGCUAUUAUCAUUUCGAAGGAUAUGGGAUUUAAUACCAAAUUCAGCUGCAAAUUCCAGAAUAUGGCGCAGUUAUACUAAUGAUACAAAGACCCAAAAAUCAGGAACAAAGAUCGAUGACAAUCGAGGGAACGAAGGACUACGUUAUAAAGGAUAUUGGACAUUAAUUCUAAAUCAGGGUGGUGGAUUCUUUAUCAAGGGGCCACCAAGUGCAAAGCAAGAGAAUAAAAGCCUGAUUCUUGAUAAUGAAGAUAAUGGCGAUAAACGAUUUAUUAAUAGUCGUCGUAAUCAUGAUUCCAUUGCUUCGAUCGCGUUAAAGACUGACCAAGCAAUUGAAGAUCAACCGAUUUUAACUGUUGAUGGUGAAAUCAUCCCGCCAAAACCGACGUUUCCCGAUAAUUGUUGUAUGAGUGGAUGUGCGCAUUGGUAUGAUUCUGAGGCAGAUAUCUACGCGGAAGAGUAUCGCGAAUGGCGUGAAAACACUGCGCGAAUACGUGAUCGAUUGCUUCAAGAAGGGAAACCUGUUCCAAUGAUUCUUUUGCAAGAUGAAGAUUCUGGUAGAGACAUGUCAACAACUCAAUCGUCAAGUCAACAAGAAAUUGAUAGUGCAACAAGUUCAAGAGAUCCAGGAUUAGAUGAAGGGAUGAGAGCAUUUAUGGAAUUGGAAAGGAAAUUAAAAGGAAAUUGA